CCUAGAUCAUCCUCCAUUCUCGACAUACCGUUUGACGCGUGCGCACUUGCGUGUGUAAUACUAGUCCAGCCGGAGGAGUUGCUGAGGGGCGCUUUUAUUGAUUCUGUGUGGUGUUAAAGCUAGUGAGGGUCCCAUGUUGGCACUGUCCCGGUGCAUAAAGGGGAGACUGUCUAUUCCCAGCUCUGUCUUGUGUUUGGGGGGCACAGGCUUCACCAGAGUCCUGCCUCCUGCUCCUUUAAAAGCUCCACAGACUCUGUUUCACUCGAGUCAGGCCAAAGCCAGUGCUGACCCGACCCGCCCCAUCACAGUGGACGUGGAACUGCUGGAUAUGGGGAUGUGGUCCUUGGGUCUGGGGGCAGUGGGGGCAGCCAUAGCAGGGAUCUUACUGGCCAACACUGACCUGUGCCUACCCAAAGUGGACAAGGCUUCUGUGGACUACCUGGGAGAUGCUGAUUUGCGCUCCACCAGAGAAGACGACCAUGUGAUCAAAGCCAACACACUGUGGGAGAAGAGUGGGGCUGUAGUGAUGGCUGUGAGGCGGCCUGGAUGAUUUUUGUGCAGAGAGGAGGCCGCUGAGCUGUCCUCUCUGAAGCCCCAGCUUGAGGAGCGUGGGGUCCCUCUGGUUGCCGUGGUGAAGGAGGACAUCGGCACAGAGAUCCAGGACUUCAGACCGCACUUCGCCGGGGACAUUUACAUUGAUGAAAAGAGGCACUUCUACGGGCCCCUGCAGAGGAGGAUGGGGGGCCUGGGCUUUGUGCGUCUGGGGGUGUGGCAAAACUUCAUCCGCGCAUGGAGGUCCGGGUACCAGGGCAACAUGAACGGAGAAGGCUUCAUCCUGGGGGGCGUGUUUGUGAUCGGGCCAGGAAAUCAGGGAAUUCUACUUGAACACAGGGAGAAAGAAUUUGGCGAUAAGGUUGACAUCGCAGACGUCUUAGAGGCCGUCCAGAGAAUUGCACCAGAGAAAUAAUGAGUUGACCUAAUUUAAUAAAUGAUGUUAAACUGUACGAUAUUGUAUGUAUGUAAUGGUUAACAGGUUAAAUACCGGUAAUCCAUGCAUGAGUCAUAUUUUUAUACGUCCAUCUCUAGAAAAUUUACUGUCAACGUUAAACUGUGAAUUGCUAAAAAACUAAAUUGUUAUUUAAUUAGAAUCUCAUGUUUUACCUCAGAAGAAUUGUACUGGAAGAUUAGCACUUUUGAUCUAUGCAUUCAGCUUGUUAACAGUCUAUUGAAAUCAAUAUACAGUAGAUGCUGUCCUAUAGACCCUUUAAAAUCCUGUGUCAUCAGAAUAUUCAUAAUUCUGGAGUGGAGGCAACUGAAAGCAAAAUAACAAUAUAAUAAUAUAUUUUCAACGAUUAACUGAUUAACACAUCUAAAUGCUAAUGGUUUUACAACAUUAUAGCAAAAAAUACACAACCAUUUUUUAAUUUCCAAGAUACACAUAUUAUUUGUGAAUUUGCUUCUCUGUUAAGAUGGAUGGAAAAAAGAUACAUUUCUAACCUCAAAAUUAUAUUUGAGCUUUACAAAAAGUAUUAUUUAAUGAUGAAAUGUGUAAUAUAUCUGUAGAUGAAGUUUAAAAAAAAAAAAAAAAAAACAGUUGUGAGCUCAACUCUUUUGGAAGAUUUGAAGGAUUUGUCCAGUAAAAAUGUCAAAAAUAUUUAAUGUUUAUCAUAAUCUAUUCAUAAAGAUGUACUAUGUAAGGUUUUGGUUAGGGGUCUUCACCACUUCACCUUCUGCCUCCAGUUACCUCCAUUACCAAAUUUCGAAUGUUUUUUGUUUACACAUUCUUAAAGGGUCUAUAAUAUAUAAUAGUUCAGAUAUUCAAAGCUGGUAUCCACGGUUGCGAUUGAAGCGUUGCAAAAUGUGUUAUUAUGACAACCAGACUCUAAAAUCUCAGCAGGGGAGCUGGUUUGAUGCUUGGACACAUAUUGCAGUGACUUGAGCCAAAUUGGAGAAACUAGCUCAAAAUGUCUGAUCAUUGUUCCUCUUUGCAUAGAAGUGUUAACCACAAGUAUGAACUAAAAUAAAGUAACAGUACAACCACA